AUGAGCUCGCACCCGUCUCUGCAUUUGCGAUCGAACAAUUACAAAGCCUUCGUGACGGGAGCACUCGAUUCGUUUCGUCAACAAGAUAACAAGAUGCUGGAUAUAACGCUGUUGUGUGAGGGGCGCAAAAUUCGCGCCCACAAGCCGCUGCUUGCCGCCUGUAGUGCCUACUUCAAGGAUCUGUUCGAGCAAGUUCCUUUACAGCACAAUCACAUAAUAAUAUGCUCAAACAUUUCGCACGAUGUCAUGAUGUCGCUGGUACAGUUUAUGUACCUGGGCGAGGUGAACGUGCCCCUGGAGCAUCUUGCUGAGUUUUUCCGUACCGCCGAUAAGCUGUCCAUCUGGGGACUGGCAUACGACCCGUCGGACCUGCCGGCGGCGACUGCGAGCGUCCAGCACACAGCAUCUCAAUGCUUAGCGGUGCGGGAUCAAGCUAACACCACAGCAAACAAGGUUGAACCUCCGAAUCUUGAUGAGGCUGUACCGUUAAUACAGAUGCCUUUGGAUACUAAUAUCGCCACGCAAAUAACCGAAUCGCCUCCAUCAACUAUUUCAACUAGCAAGCAGCAAAAAGAGGAUCGCUCACCUCAAUCAAAACAGCUGGACCCGCAUAGAAAGGAUGUGUAUGAGAAGAACUUUUACACCCUACAACAGCGCCCACUAGCUGACGAUGGGCAACGUGAACACACGCUCAGCUAUGCUGCGGUUAAGAUCGAAUCGAGUUCGGCCGAAACAGAUACCCCCAAUGAGGACACUGAACCGCAGAAGGUUGUUGAGAUACGCAAGAGGCCCUAG